AUGCUAGCUAUCAGUUUAAGUUCCUCCACCGGCACCGUAGAGGCCGCCGCAGUGGAUACCGUGGGCACCUUUAUCUCAAACGGCUCGAAGAAUUACGCUGAGUCAAAUCCAACCGAGACCGCCACCGAUACCAACACCAGCGAAUCCGUUGCUAUGAGUACACCGGUACUCGUUGGAGUCAUUGCCACGGCUGUCAUAGCUUUUGUCGCCAUUGUCGCUCUCGUGAUCCGCUCCAGACGCUUCUUCAGAUCAUCGCGCGUGAGUCGAUCCAGUGAAACGAACAGUAGCUCCAUGGAUACUGCAGCGUCGAUGACAUCCUAUGCACAAACCGUAACUCCUUCCGAAUUGAGUAGUGCUGGCCCUAUUCCAUUUGAUCAAAAGCAAGACGAGUGGAGAGACCUCUCGGAGACGUGCUGGUCGAUUGAUCCGGGAAGCGACGGUGAGACGGAAAGCGAGCGAUUCAUGAUGCCUACUGCAUCACGUCCGGAUGUGUAUACAGAAGUUCGGGUGCUCAAUUGUGGUCGGUUGUCUACGCUUUCAGACAGAACCGUGGAGUUUGAAAACGAGACUGCGGAGAAGAGCAAGGACGUUGACUCCUUCGACGAUUCUUCCCGUCGACGAGACCUCAUCAUGAGUGCUCUGGACGACUUGUCUCCUCGUAGAGAGAGAGGUAUCAGCCAGUUCGAUGACUCGUCCCCUCGACGGAUACGUGGGCCCUGUACCCCUGAUAGCCGACAGAAGGCCAACUCAGUCGCUGAGACUGACACAAACAAGUUCAAUUGGUCGUACUUCUCAGCUGACUCCAACAACAUAUAUUACGAUGAAACGAAUCAGGACAGUAGCUCGAUCUUCUUUUAUGAUAGUGACAGCGAUUGCUCUAGCCGCAAUAGCAGUGAUAGUGAUGAAAGCUUGCUGGAGGAAGAAUUCUAG